CUUGCCGGCUACGGCGAGCGAGUGGGACGUGGAUUAGGAGCGCACCGGCCUCAGCGCAACAUGAGGCUUCUGCUGUUGGUGGUGCUCAUCGGCCUGGCCGGGGCAGAGCUGGAGCGGCAAAAGCGACAGAUAGUCUUCCCGGGACACGCUGGCGGCCUGUCCAGCGGGCGAGGUACGCCCUAUUCCGUAUCCCACGGCACCUACAACCUGGGAGCCGCGUACGGCUUUAGCACCAACUCUAACCCGUACCUCGACUACGCAUGGAAGGGCUUCGGCGAUGUGCCACGUACGACUUAUCAGCAGCCCGGGGCUUAUCAGUCGCCUGUGAGCUAUUCGCAGCCUGAGAGCUAUUCACCGCCCGAGAGCUAUCAGCAGCCGGCGAGCUACCAGCCGCCCAGCAGCUACCAGCAGCCGGCAGUUAGCUACGGUGUACAGAUAGCACACCAACCGUCGGUGGCCUACCUCCCAGCAGCUCCGCAGGAUAGUUAUGGUGUACCAAAGACAGCCCCGGCCGCCCAGUGCAGCAGCGGCGAGUGCUCGCCGCUCAUCUUCUGCUCUGGCGUUGUGUCUGGCACCAGUCCACAGACGACGGCCGCCGUCUGUGACCUCGGCGACGGCUCGUCCGGCCUCUGCUGCCGACGCGACCCCAUCUUCGCAUCACCCGCAAACCGCAUCAGAAAUCCGUUCACGAAGCCAUUCAAGAACGUUGAUAUUAGGUUCUUUGACAAUAACCAGCUGAACGGCGCCUGUCGCAAGGGUAUCAGGUUUGUGGACCAGCAGCGCCAGAUGGGCAGGAUGCUGCUCGAUCGCAACAUUGUCGUGCGCUCUAACACGCCCGAUGCCGGCCACUUCAACUUCUUCAAGACGUCGCAGAAGGCGUUGGAGCUCGGCAGCCAAGCGCUCUUCAACUCGGAGGCUGGCAGCGGCCUGCUGAACGAGUUCGGCCUGACUCCGGAUCAGGGCGGCUUCGGUCUGCAGCAGUUCAGCGUGCUCAACACUAUUAUCAACCAGACGUGCCCAAGUCCGCCGCGCUGCUCGGCCGGCACGCCGUACCGCAGCGCUGACGGCAGUUGCAACAACAUCAACAACGCCGCCUGGGGCAUGUCGCGCACGGCGCUGCAGCGUAUCCUGGCGCCGGCGUACGAGAACGGCAUCUUCACACCGCGCGUGGCGUCCGACGGCGGCGCGCUGCCGUCGGCGCGGGACGUCAGUAACAUCGUGGUCAGCACCGCCAACUCGCCCUAUCCGGACGUCACCAUCAGUGUGAUGACCUGGGGCCAGUUCCUGGACCACGACCUCUCCAUCUCGCCCAUCUUCCGGCUCGAGGGCCGUUCAGGCAUCGAGUGUUGCGACGAGCACGGCCGUGACCUGCCCGUGGACCUGCGCCACCCGCAGUGCUUCCCCAUCCCCGUCUCUCAAUUCGACCCCUUCUUCUCCAAGUUCGGCCGCACCUGCCUCAACUUCGUGCGCUCGCUGCCGGCGCCGCGGCCCGACUGCAACUUCGGCUACGCCGAGCAGAUGAACGCGCUGACCCACUACAUGGACGCGUCGCACAUCUACGGCUCGGACGCCGAGCAGCAAGCGGCGCUGCGCGCUUUCCGUGGCGGCCUGCUGAGCCAGUCGCAGCCGGGCACGCUGCCGCUCGAGACCACCGACCUGGAAGAGUGCUUCGCCAAGGAGACGGGCGCCGACUGCUACAAGGCCGGCGACGUGCGCGUCAACGAGAACCUGCAGUUGACGGUGAUGCACACCAUCUGGAUGCGCGAGCACAACCGCGUGGCGCGCGCGCUGGACGAGCAGUCGCGUCGCGCCGGCCGCCAGUUGAGUGACGAGCAGCUGUACCAGGAGGCGCGUCGCAUCGUUACCGCAGAGUGGCAGCACAUCAACUACAACGAGUGGCUGCCCAUCGUUCUCGGUCGCCAGUUCAUGGAGGUGUAUGACCUGAAGACCAAGAGCAGCGGCUACUCCUUCGACUACCGGCCCGACAUCAACCCGUCCAUCAACAACGAGUUCAGCACGGCCGCUUUCCGGUUCGGCCACACUCUCAUCCAGGACAUGGUCCAGCUGUUCCGCGACAGCCGGUCGCAGAGCGGCGCCAUCCAGCUCCGCGACGUACUCAACAACCCGAGCUUGCUCAGCCGGCGGCCCAACAUCCUGGAAUCUGUCACGCGAGGCUUCUACCUGCAGCGCUCGCAGCGCUUCGAUGAGAACGUCAUCGAAGACGUGAAGAACCACCUGUUCCAGCCGCCGGGCGGCGCCCAGGGCAUGGACCUGGUGGCGCUGAACGUGCAGCGCGGCCGCGACCACGGCAUCCCCUCCUACAACGAGAUGCGCCAGAAGUGCGGUCUGCAGCGCGCCUCUCGCUUCGAGGACCUGUACGGCGAGAUCCCCAACGAGGUGGUGGACCGGAUGCGCUCCAUCUACCGGUCCGUGGACGACAUUGACCUUUUCGUGGCCGGCAUUGCGGAGCGCCCGGUGCCUGGCGCCCUGCUCGGCCACACCUUCCUCUGCAUCGUCGGCGACCAGUUCGCUCGGCUCAAGAAGGGAGACCGCUACUUCUACGACCUCGGCGGACAGCAGCACUCGUUCACGGAAGCGCAACUGUUCGAGAUCAGGAAGGCCAGCUGGGCGCGGAUCAUGUGCGACAACGUGCCUGGCCUUGGAGAGGUGCAGCCGCUCGCCUUCUACACGCCCAACUUUUAUAAUCAGCUGACGUCGUGCAGCAGCUACGCCAUACCCAGCGUGGGAUUCGCCGCCUUCCUCAACCCGCUGGUGUAACCCCGCCGUGCCCGCCGGCGGGCGUCGACCGUCCGCCCGGACGGACGCCCCGUAGACUAGUGGCUAACCCCUCCUUCCUGCGCUGGUCCGUUUUAUUGCUGUCAUUGGCCAAGGCGUCUGGUAAGCGCGCCCGGGUGCGCCGCAGAGGGCGGCGUGAGCGGUCGCACCGCGCCUGUCGCAAAGCCGAGCGCCGGCGACGCGUUGAUCGCGUCUAGGAGCGCGGUGUAAAGCGAUGUCACGUGUAUUGCGGCCAGGGACCGGCUGCGAACACUCGAGCAGCGCGGCUCUCAACUACCCGUCUGCACAUGAUCGGAGCCGGUUGGCGCAGAACGCUCCGUUUUUGAAGCGGUGCACCUCAACAUGGCGACCAGAGUAGCUGAAUGUCAUGAAGAAACUUCAAACCUAGCAUUGUAUCGUGGUUGUGUAAUUUAUUGUCUCUAUCAACGUCUCGAUCCGUUGGAAGUAUCGAAACGCGGUUAUACCUAAAUUCAUAUCACGCAAAAUAGCCCCGACGACAACUUUGUUCCCUCCAACAUUACGAUGCACAACCUUUGGUUAUCCUCCCAAAAGAACAGCAAAUCCUCGGCGCGAGCCCGACAUGCGCCUGCGGUCCAGAGCAGCGCACGACACGGCAUGUCGAGAAACGGCCUUCGCUCGCGCGGUGUUGCAAUAUAUUUGACGAAUGA